GCCGCACUAGUGCUUCCGGGUUGGCCCCUGCCCUCCGCCCCCCCGCCUUCUCCUCCCUCCCGCUCCUGGGAAAGAGAGAAGCUGCCGCUGCGGGUGGGUAGGGAAACACUUGGCGCCUCAGGGAGGGGACCGCGCCUGCCUCAUUUGAGUCCGGAGCGCGCCUGGACCAGGUUGCAAAACGCCCUCUUGUGCUUGAGAUCUACAGACUACAUGCCCUGCCAGAACUAACCAAUGGUUUUUCAUCUCCUGAAGAUUAGAAACACAAAUAUGGUGCCAAAAGAACUCUUCACCUUUCUCUGACUACAGUUUAUUUGGACAUACUUUUGUUUUGGAGAGAAAUUUACACACUGCAGCUACUUGCUGUACAGAGAUUCUGUCGUGUAGGAUCAUGGACCAUCCUAGUAGGGAAAAGGAUGAAAGACAACGGACAACUAAAACCAUGGCACAAAGGAGUACACACUGCUCCCGGCCGUCUGGCUCCUCGACAACCUCUGGGGUUCUUAUGGUGGGACCCAACUUCAGGGUUGGCAAGAAGAUAGGGUGUGGAAACUUUGGAGAGCUCAGAUUAGGUAAAAAUCUCUACACCAAUGAAUAUGUAGCAAUCAAACUGGAACCAAUAAAAUCACGUGCUCCACAGCUUCACUUAGAGUACAGGUUUUAUAAACAGCUUGGCAGUGCAGGUGAAGGUCUCCCACAGGUGUAUUACUUUGGACCUUGUGGGAAAUAUAAUGCCAUGGUGUUGGAGCUCCUUGGCCCUAGCUUGGAGGACUUGUUUGACCUCUGUGACCGAACAUUUACUUUGAAGACGGUGUUAAUGAUAGCCAUUCAGUUGCUUUCUCGAAUGGAGUAUGUGCAUUCAAAGAACCUCAUUUACCGAGAUGUCAAGCCAGAGAACUUCCUGAUUGGCCGACAAGGCAAUAAGAAAGAGCAUGUUAUACACAUUAUAGACUUUGGACUGGCCAAGGAAUACAUUGACCCUGAAACCAAAAAACAUAUACCUUAUAGGGAGCACAAAAGUUUAACUGGAACUGCAAGAUAUAUGUCUAUCAACACGCAUCUUGGCAAAGAGCAAAGCCGGAGAGAUGAUUUGGAAGCCCUAGGCCAUAUGUUCAUGUAUUUCCUUCGAGGCAGUCUACCCUGGCAAGGACUCAAGGCGGAUACAUUAAAAGAGAGGUAUCAAAAAAUUGGUGACACAAAAAGGAAUACUCCCAUUGACGCUCUCUGUGAGAAUUUUCCAGAGGAGAUGGCAACUUACCUUCGCUAUGUCAGGCGAUUAGACUUCUUUGAAAAACCUGACUAUGAGUAUUUACGGACCCUCUUCACAGACCUCUUUGAAAGGAAAGGCUACACCUUUGACUAUGCCUAUGAUUGGGUUGGAAGGCCUAUUCCCACUCCAGUAGGUUCUGUUCAUGUAGAUUCUGGUGCAUCUGCAAUAACUCGAGAAAGCCACACACACAGGGAUCGGCCAUCACAGCAGCCGCCUCUUCGAAAUCAGACUGCCUCUUCAGAGCGCCGAGGAGAGUGGGAAAUUCAGCCCAGCCGGCAGACCAAUACCUCAUACCUGACGUCUCACUUGGCUGCAGACCGCCAUGGGGGAUCAGUGCAGGUGGUUAGCUCAACCAAUGGAGAGCUGAAUGUCGAUGACCCCACAGGAGCCCACUCCAAUGCACCAAUCACAGCUCAUGCCGAGGUGGAGGUAGUGGAGGAAGCUAACUGCCUGAAAAUGCUCAACCUGUGGUGA